UUUCAAAAAUUAACUCCGCGGACAACGAAAUCCAAAGUUUUUUUUAUUUUUAUCUUGCCAUUGUAUUUCUGGCUAGCUAGUAACGUUAGCUAUGGCGAAGAGAUUCCUAUUCUCGCCAAGCCAAAGCAAAAACCUAAAGUUUGGUGAAGCUUCUUUUGAUAUUUUAUCAGACUUUCUCAUAAAUCUCAAUACCAGAAACAAAGAUAAACUAAGUAAUUUAUCACGUUACAGUGGGGAUUUUAAAGACAAAAGAUUGAUAGAAUGUGUUUUCCUUGUCACGGAAGAGUUAAGACUUGACCCCUUGGUUGGAUAUCAUGCUGUUGAACUACUUGAAAGGUUUAUGAUAAAGCACCUGGAGGAUCUGUUUUCAACACCACACACACCUGCAGGGGCAGCAGGUGUCCAUAAAAGAAAUUACGAGGACCUUGUUUAUGAGAACCUGAGUGAGAAGUUCCAUCUCAUUCUCCUCUCUUGUGUGCAAAUAGCAAGCAAACUGUCUUUGCACAGUGCUGUGGUUGACAACAACACAGCAGCGCAGUUUCUUCACUCGAUGGGCCACAGCAUUUCCAAACAAACUAUCAUGAACAUGGAGCUGAUGAUCUUGAAAGCACUUGACUUCAGGAUAAACACCCCCAACCCUCUGACUUAUGUUGAGAUACUCCUGGAGGUGCUUGGGCACAAUUACUCUUCUAUCCCUGUGGAGCACCUGCAUCACCUCAGCAGACACGUUCUCCAGUUCACCUACCUCCAGAGGACAGCCAUCUAUGACUCCCUGCUCAAGGCCACCACUCAGUGCCUGAGCCCAUCUGACGAACAGAGAAAGACUUUUGUGUCGGUGACUGAAGACUGCAUGCUUCUUGGUGUUGGUGUCAUUGCUGUGGGUGCAUACAUCCUCAAUGUCACUAACUGGGAACAGGUGAUCAGCUACUAUAAUAUAUCCUUCUUGUAAACAGUCAUAUUAUUAA